AUUAGUAUCUUAAAAGUAAUUCCAACGUGAUAUUAUUAAGAAUUGCUGUAAACUAGGCUAUAUCAUAAGCAAAUUGCUAUGAAUGGUAUAAAUAAAGGCUUACAUAUCCUUUAAUUUAUAGGACUUUAUACACGUGUAUUUUCCAAAAAAGAAAAAAAAAUGCAUUUUGGAUUUAUAGUCUCUCAUCAGUUGGAACAUAAUAUUCAAAUGUAUACAAUAACCAAUUUAUUACCCCUUGUGAUAAAGGUUACCUUGAACAGUUACAGUUAAAAUUACAAUUAAAUUGUAUAAAUUAGUUUUAUUAUGAAUUGGAGGGUAUGAUAAGCAUUUAUAGCAUUAAUAAUAGUAAAACUAGUUUAAAGUAAUUAAAAAGGACAAGUCAUUUGUUUAGUUCCUAUCAAACAACAAAAGUUCAUGUUCUUUUAUGGUUUUCAGAUCAUGAUUUCAUUCCUCGGUUUUUUGAAGAACUGAUAUAUGAGAGGGGAAUGAGAGAACAGAUUGGUUUACCAGAAGAUGUUGAUAUUAAUUCAAUAAGACUGGCCAGCAAAUCACACGAGGAGGGAGAAUCAGGAGACUUCUCUUGGACUGAUUCCUCCACGCGGUUGUUGAUAACAACACGAUUAAAUAUGGACGAUGAAUUCAGAAAACCCAUAAGAAAAACAAAAUUAUGGGAUUCAAUAUCAAAAAAGAUGGAAAAUCAUGGUUACACUAUUUCUCCCAGUGACUGUGAUAAGAAAUGGAGAAAUCUGAAGACGACAUAUAAAAGAAAUAGAGAUAAGGCAAAACAACACACUGGGGAAUCUGCCAUUACCUGGCCAUACUUCAAGUUACUGGACCAGGAACUUGGAUCUAGAGUGGACAUCAAUCCUCCAGAAGAAAGUAUCAUUUCUUCUGAACCAUGCGUGGAGCAGAUCCCAUCUCCCAGUGAACUUUCAAGCAGUUCGUCAGGAUUGCCUGCCCACUCUGAAUGUGAUGUGGCAGCAGUACAUCUCCCUUCAAUAAAUUCUUUUCGGAAUCACACAAAUUUAAAAAGAAAAAGAAAAGAAAAUCCUCCAGAGUGGUUUCAAGCUUGGGCCAGUAAGCAAGAACAAGAAAAGAAAGAGGAUCGUGAGAGAGAAGAUCAGCGCUGGCAGGAAUUUAAAGAGAUCGAAGAAAAGCGUUUGAAACAAGAGAAAGAAUGUGAAGAGAAGAGAGUAAACAUGAUGAGUUCUCUUCUAAAUGUAUUGCAAAAAAUUGCAGAAAAAUAAAAUAACAAUAUGUGAAUUCAUUGCAUCUGAUUUGUUUUAUUUACAAUAAUUUUUACAUUUGAUAUUUUUAAUCUUUGCUCAAUUUUUACAUUUCCCCCAAUUAUUUAACUUUAGUAUAAUUCAAUGAAUUGUAUAAGUGAGAAUAACAUUUAUUAAACAAUUUCAUAUAACUAAUGAGAAAAUGAUAAAAUUGUACAUAAAAUUUUAAAUUUAUAUGAUUUUACACAUAUAUUUUAAUAAAGUUUCUGAUAAUAAAGGCUAAUAAAUACAUUUCUAACACACCGGUUUCAUACAUGCUGGGUUGAUCAGCCAGUUUCAAAUAUAUUAUUGUAUUAAAAACAAAUUUCGUCUAGUCUCCUCGUCAUUGUAUC